AUGCCUCGCCUUGGAGAGGGAGAGAAGUCGAUAGUUCGCAAUGUUUACGCCUUCUUUCAGUUGGAGAAGUCAGGUGGUCGUCGUGAUCGUGGUGCUGCUAAAUCGCUGGCCGUCCGAACAGCCAUGGCGUGCAAAAUUACAACGGCGGCUGUCAACCAUCUUCGUCGAGUAUCUGGUACGAAGCAGGGUAAAGCUACGAAGCAGGGUAAAGCUCGUGGCCGCCCUAAAGUUGUUGUGGACGAGUUCACGAGGAGCGUCAUCCGGGGGAAAGUCCAUGGAUUCUACUCCAAGCGUGAGCACCCCACUGUGGACAAAGUGUUUGCUCUGUGCAAGGAAGACAAAGACUUUCCAAAAAUGUCACGAACGACAUUCUGGAGAGUUCUGAAGUCGAUUCGCUUUCACUAUGUGCAGACGAAGGGGAACACUCAGAUAAUGAUGGAGCGGACUGAUAUUGUUGCUUGGCGUCAUCGCUUCCUGCGUCGGAUCAGGCAAAUUCGUCGGGAAGGCAGACCAAUUGUUUACCUGGAUGAAACCUGGAUCAAUGCCCAUCAUACUGUUUCUAGGAAAUGGUAUCUGAAAGAUGCAGCAGGAGGUGACAAGCAACCCCAUGAAGCUCCGUCUGGGAAGGGCAAGCGUCUCAUAAUCUUGCACGCUGGUUGGAAAGGUGGCUUUCUACCAGGGUGUGAGUUGGUGUUUGUGGGAAACACCAAAUCUCAUGAUUACCAUGAUGAGAUGAACGCGAAGCACUUCGAAGAGUGGUGGACGCAGAAGCUACUGCCUUCAAUUCAACAACAUCUACCGGCAGGUGCGGUCAUUGUCAUGGACAAUGCACCGUACCAUACGCGGAAGACGCAGGCAUCCAAGUGCCCCACCACAUCGUCGCGGAAAGCGGAGAUCCAAGAGUGGUUGAGCCAGCGUGCUAUCCAUUGGACUCCGGACAUGGUGAAGAAGGAGCUUCUUGAUUUAGUUAAGUUGAAUAAGCCUAGUCCUAAAUAUGUGUGCGAUGAGGAAGCUGAAAAGCAAGGGAUUGAUGUCCUUCGCCUUCCUCCUUAUCAUUGCAUUUUCAAUCCUAUUGAGUUAGUAUGGGCUCGGCUUAAGGGGAAUGUAGCCAAUAUCAACAAAACGUACAAGAUAGGUGACGUACAGGAGCAUGUUCACAAUGCGUUUGCAAGUCUGAAACCUGAAUUGUGGCCAAAUUGUUGCCGACAUUGUGACGAACUUGUUGAUCAAUCAUGGGUUAAUGACGGUUUGCAAGAUGAGAUGAUAGAUAAGAUCAUCAUUGAACUAGGUGAUAGUGACGAUAGUGACGAUAGUGAUGAUGACGACGGAGAUGACGACGAAGACCUUGUCCAUGAAGAUGACGACGAUGAUGAUGAUGAUGAUGCUAAUGAUGAUGCAGGAAGCAAGAUUGUGGGUGGGUGGCUAUGA